CAUUUUCUCGGAUACUAUGGCUUCGAGUCCACGCUGGACGGAGGACGACAACAGGCGUUUUAAGUCAGCUCUGUCGCAAUUCCCUCCGGAUAACAAGCGUUUGGUGAAUGUCGCCCAGCAUCUGCCGAAACCUUUGGAGGAGGUGAAGUACUACUACGAAAAGUUGGUCAACGAUGUUUAUCUGCCGAAACCUUUAGAGAAUGUCACCCAGCAUCUGCAGAAACCUAUGGAAAUGGAGGAGAUGAAGUACAUGUACGAAAAGAUGGCCAACGAUGUUAAUCAGAUGCCCGAGUACGUACCACUGGCGGAAUCGAGUCAGUCCAAACGCAGGAAGAAGGAUACGCCAAAUCCUUGGACAGAAGAGGAACACAGAUUGUUUCUGCAAGGAUUGAAAAAGUAUGGGGAAGGAGCUUCGACGUUGACAUCAACGAAUUUUGUGAAGACAAAGACUCCACGGCAAGUGUCAAGCCAUGCACAGUAUUACAAAAGGCAAAAAUCGGACAAUAAGAAGGAGAAACGCCGGAGUAUUUUUGACAUAACUUUGGAGUCUACCGAGGGCAAUCCAGAUUCUGGAAAUCAGAACCCUCCGGAUGAUGAUGAUCCGUCCCAAGGUCAAGGCACUUGUCUUGGAGUUUAGAUGUUGGAAGAUAGAAGAAUGGUGUGAAAUGAAACAAGCAACGGAACUUGAACUCAAAAAUAGAUAAUAUAUAUAUAUAUAUAUAUAGAUUUAAUAUAAUAAAAAAGGAACUUCGCUUGUUUUCUGCAUAUGUAUAGGAUUGCUACGUAGUUUCGGUAUACAAAAAUAUCAGUUUCACUUGAUGAUGUUCAAGUGUAUAGGAUAAUUAAUGAUUCU